AUGUCUGAUGAAAAGCACCUAUAUGUUCCUCCACCUAGGGAACCACCGAGUUACGAAGAGGUCGCUGUAAACUCCGAAUUUAUACAGAUUCAAAAUGAACCACGAACAGAGGAACAACGGCCGUUAGAGCCCAUGGAAGUUUUAGAGCCUCCUGGGGCUCCACGGUUCCCUCGUUUACGGUCCAAAUUCGAAGCCAUUCAUGAGGGUUGGGAAUCUGCCUGUCAUUCGUUUCACCACAAGUUUGCGUCCAGAUUUUAUCGAAUUCCAUUUUACUCCAUUUAUCUGCUCGUAAUCGCAACCAUUAUAAUUAUGGCAAGUUACUACGGAUAUUUUGACAGUAGCCCUCCGUGGAAGUCAGUUCCUCAUCUUGAUGAAGCUUUCUUAGUUGAUUAUAUAAAAAACAGCCGUGCUUCGAAUAUUCAGUCUCAGACAACCACGUUCGCUUCUCUUCCUCAUGUAUCGGGGACAAUGGGGGAUUCUGCACUUGUAGAAUACUUGCUCGAUGUUUUAAGCUAUGAAUCACUGGAUGCGGUUGAUACUAAAAAGUUUUAUGCCUACCUAAACUACCCCAAAUCACUAUCUCUAAGAAUAACUGAUGACGAUUCAUUUCAGCCUACACUUUCUGAAAAUUAUGAAAUCCCUAAUUAUAAAGACACUUGGGUCGACUCGCUUUCUUCUUAUGCUUAUAGCGCAUCCGGAAAAUUGGAAGCACCUCUCGUAUAUGCUAACCAGGGUGCGGCAGAUGACUUUCAAGCAUUGGAGGAGAAGAACAUUCAAUUGAAUUCCUCCGUUAUUCUCUUACGCAGCAAUCGUAAAAAUGUUUCUAUAGCUAUUGAAAAUGCCGAAAGAUAUGGUGCUUCAGCAGUACUUGUGUUUGACGACUCAUAUACUGAUGUAGAACAAAAUCAUAAGGCUGAAAUAUAUCCCGAAGGUCCUUACCCUUCUGACGACCUAUUAUAUCGCGGGAGCGUUGCCAAGUCAUACUACUAUUUAGGCGAUCCUCUUACUCCAGGAACACCGUCCCAUUGGGAUUCUAGCAGGAUACGGCCUGAAAAUGCGCAAGUUCUUUCUAAAGUUGUUGCUAUACCAAUAACGUAUCGUGACGCUAUUGACCUAUUGGGAAGAUUAAAAGGCCGUGGCGAACAGAUUUUUGCGGAUAGCUGGAAAUCGAGACUUCCGUCUUCUCUUGAGCUUUGGACAGGUUCUUCCUCGGAAUCUUCGCUAAUGCUUCAAGUUGAAUCAGAGUUUGAUUCGAAGAAGAAGCAACCAGUGGUAAAUAUCCUAGGACAAAUCACUGGUAGAGAGCCCGAUCAAGUUCUUAUCAUAGGAGCACCUCGAGAUUCAUGGUGCGGUGGUGCAUCCGAAUCAGCAGUGAGUACUGCUUUGUUGAUGGAUAUUAUCUUUACGUUUUCAGAUAUGGCUAAAAACCUUGCGUGGCGACCCCGCCGGACUAUCGUUUUCGCCAGUUGGGACGCCAAGCAGUAUAAUGCCAUAGGUAGCACAGAGUGGGUCGAACAUUGGAAAGAAUGGCUUCAGGUAAAGGCCGUGGCAUACUUGAACAUUGAUGUGGAAGUUUUUGGAGAUGUAUUCGCUGUAAAUACCGUGUCAGGGUUGAAGAAUGUGGUUCUGAAAGCGAUUCGUUUGAUGAACGAGGAUAACAGCCUGGGUUCACCCGAUAUUAAUAUGAACACUUUUGAUUACGUAUCAGAUGCUACCCCGUUCCUAACAUACGCUGGUGUUCCUGUGGUGGAAUUGGGAUUUGAAAGAGGUGCAGACAGUUCGCAACCUUUACCGUUUCUAGGCACCUGUAAGGACACGGAAAGUUGGAUUAGCAUGUUUGGAUCAUCCUAUUGGGACAAAGCAGAUCGUCUCGCAAAAAUAUGGUCCCUACUGGCAUUGUUUCUUUCUAAUGAUCCCGUAGUACCGUAUGAUUUGGAGACUUCUGUUCAGUAUCUUGGAACUAUACUAGAACAGCUUCAAGCGACUCUUAAAGAGAGGUCGUUGUCGUUUGAUCAUGUGAAACAAGAAUAUGAGGAGCUUGUUCAGACUUCUAAGAAGUUUAUGGCUGCGAUUUCAGAGUGGCAUUCCCUUAUGCUUCACAACAGCUAUUUUCUUACUACGAAAAAGCAUCCAGAGCUAGAAGGUUUUAAUGCGAAGCUCGCGAGAUUUGAAAAUGCAUUUUUAGAUGAGACCGGCCUUCCUGACCAUGAAUGGUUCAAGCAUCUAAUUUACGGACCUAAUCGGUUAGGAAAAGAGGGUGUCGUUUUUCCUUCCAUAAUGGAUGCCCUGCUGGAUAACAAUCAUGAUCAAGUACAAGGGGAAAUCGAUCGUUUUUCGAAAGCGAUUGAUCGGGCUCAUAAAGCAUUAAAGACUGCUUAA